GCAUACAACGCCCACUGUCUCAUUUUGUUGAAACUUGAGAACGUCGACCUCUUCCUGUUUGCAGACUGAGGUUUGUCGUAUCGAUGAUGCUAGACAUACACUUUCGACUCGAAGGCAGACAAUCGGAACCAUCUUGAUCGUCUACUCAAGGCUUUCAGGAUCAAACAUUGUCAUCAAGCUCUCCGUUCAUUGUCCUUCGUCGCCUGGUUUACUUUUUUUUUUUUUUUGCUUUGUGUCGCUUCAGGAAGCUUACAUGGUCAUGGCUUACUGUGAUAUGGGCGGGAAUCAUGCCUGGAGGAUAUCUUUAUCUGUUCUUACCCGCCGACGCUUUCGGUUGUAAUCAGAGCUCGACAGACGAUGAAGACACAUGUUGCCCCGUCUUUCGUGGACAAAGAACAACGCUACUAUCAAUCAGGUAUCCUUGAAACAUAGCGUGUUGAGCAACCUUACAAUUCAGGUUUCACUAUGGGAGACAAACGACUCACGCUACUUGGCAUAGAGGACGAUACUCCGCACGCCGAGUCCGCAUUAUCAUCGGCGUAUCAAACUGCCGUCGGCGAUGAGGAGACGCCCGACAAGAUCAUUCACCUCGCAGUUAGUCUUCGGUUUUGCAGUUGUGAGAGGGUCGUUGGCACGUUGUAAUCGACGAUCCUGAAACAACAUGUUAUAGAAGCUUCCUACGAGAAGAUGUUCGAGAAUUUGGAGGGUGAUCGUGUCAUAGUGAACUGUACGACGGCGGCCUCGCGGACACUUAAACUGUUGAACAUGCUACGUGCACCCUGAAGAAAGUGCCGCUCGAUCGAGCAGAGGAUGGUUUUCAUUCAUAUUACCAGUGUGUAUGAUCCAGCUGCGCCUGCAUAGGACCGCAAGCUGGUUCCCUUUCGUUAACAAGUGCUUAAUUUAAAUUGCUCUUGUACUGUGUUUUGUUUGAGAAAAGGCC